AUGAAGUCUCCCGUCCAAGGAAGACCACUAUGUGUCUACACCGCUUUCAGUGAUACCGCCGUCGGGGCUUUACUCGCUCAAGAAGAUGACGAGGGAAUCGAACAUCCUAUAUACUAUUUCAUCCGAAUAUUGAGAGAUGCUGAGCUCAGAUACCCCAAGGAGGAGAAGGCAUGCUUAGCCCUAAUUCAUUCCAUUCAGAAGUUCAGACAUUACCUGCUAUCCAACAAGGUGAUACUCAUAUCUAAAUCUGAUCCUGCGAAGUUUUUGCUUUUAAAACUGGUCCUGAUGGGAAGGUCAGCUAAGUGGCUUCUCCAAAUGUCAGCGUGUGCAUCGCCUAGAGCUAUCAAUGGGCAAGCAAUUGCAUAUUUGCUAGCAGUAUUCCCUGGGGAAGGCACUACUGCGCUACGUGAGGACCUCCCUGGAGAAUUUCAAGACAUCUCCGUUGUCGAAGAAGAAGCGUGGUUGUUAUAUUUUGACGGCUCUGCCACUCCUAGCAAUAACGCUGGAGGGGAAGGCGUAGUUCUAGUAUCUCCAACCGAUGAAGUCUUCUCACACUCCUUCAAGCUAUACUUUCAAUGCACUAACUAUUCAGCAGAGUAUGAAGCAUUCCUUAUAGGACUGUUGUUAGCCAAGCAAGCAGGGGCCACACGUCUGGAAAUAAGAGGUGAUUCUAAGCUACUAGCUAAUCAGAUGAAUGGAGUCAACAACAGACACGCCGAUUGUUUAGCAACGCUAGCUUCUAAAUUACAGUUCGAAGGUUUAGAAGAAACCUUGACGGUGAAGAGUAGAACGGUAGAAUCAACAUGGCUUUCACAAUGCAAAGACAUUGGAACCUGCGAUUGGCGGACUCGGAUCAUUCAGGAGCUUAGCAGCUCGCUUUCUCAAGGAAAGCUUAACCGCGUUCACGAUGAAAUUUAUGGACAAACUCUGGUGGUAACGCUCUAUCGACGUCGUCUUCAAUUCCUGGGCUAUUACUGGCCAGAAAUGGAGACUCAAUCCCGGCUACUCCAAAAGUCUUGUUCGAAUUGUCAAGCGCCUCCACACCAACUGGAGGUUUUCAGCAUAAGUCAUGUUGGGGACUGGAGAGAGCCGUAUAUUAGCUAUCUUCGGGAUGGAGUAAUUCCCGCUAAUCAAAAGGAGGUUGUCAAGAUGAAACAAAUGGUGAAACGCUGGGGACUUGACAUUAUUGGGAAUAUCAAUCCACCGUCAUCGAAGCAGCACGAGUAUGUCAUAACCGCGACAGAGUACUUCACCAAAUGGGUUGAAGCUAUUCCUCUACGAGGGACUACGGGAGAAACGAUUGUGGCUUUCAUUAAAGAAUACAUCAUUUGUCGUUUUGGUGUGUCUAAGCACAUUAUCACUGAUAACGGAACCCCCUUCGCCAACAAACCGGUACGAGAGCUACUUGAAGAAUAUGGAAUUAAACAGGUCUUCUCCACCAUCUACUAUCCUCAAGAAAACGGACAAGCUGAGAGCACCAACAAAACAUUAAUUCGGAUUCUCAGUCGAACAAUACAUGACAACCCCAAAGAGUGGCACGAACAGUUCCAGUGGCGCUAUGGGCAUAUCGGACGACACCUAGAAGCUCCAUUGGGGUUUCUCCAUGUUCACUUGUUUACGGUGCAGAUGCGAUCCUCCUAG